CGUCCCCCUGCAGGAGGAGGAGGGGGCGGGGGCGGGGGUCGUCUGCCGCGGCGGUGUGUCGUCUGUUUGUUAUGGUCGCGGCGGAAUGUGCGGCACAGGGUUCGUCUCCCGCCACGGACCAGUCGGUUUUCAGGCCAGUGUGGGGAUGGUGUCCAGGAUGGGGUUGCUGAGGAGGCUGGGCAUGCUGAGAGGGGCAAAGCUUACAGCACUAACACAGACAUCCUUCCCGUGCCAAUGUCAACUGUUAAAAUUGGGCUGCACAUACACUACUGCAACUGAGGAAAAAGCCAAGAGUAGUACUGGCUUGAGAAUGAGAGCAUGGCAGACCUGUGGGUACGAUGGUGUGGAUGGCCUGCAGAUGGAGAGAGUGCGGGUGCCUCCUGUGCUAAGGCCUGGGGACCUGCUGGUUAAGGUUCAUGCAGCCUCUGUCAACCCCAUUGACACAGCAGUCAUUGGCGGGUAUGGCAGAGAGGUGCUGAAUGUGAUGCGUCUGGUUGGACAGCUGGAGCAGGGCAGCACCACAGCCCCAACAGAGUUUCCCCUCACUGUGGGUCGAGACUUUGCUGGGGAGGUGGUGAGUGUGGGGCAUGGGGUUGAAGGUGUGGCUGUGGGGGACAAGGUGUUGGGGGUGGUGAGUCCCCAGGCCCAGGGAACACAUGCUGAGUAUGUCAUCACCUCAGCCUCCAAUGCAUGCCUGAUGCCAGACACAGUCACACCUGAGGAGGCAGCUAGUGUGCCCUAUGCCGGCCUCACCGCUUGGAGUGCUGCAGUGGUGUCUGGUAUGGUGACCCCCACAUUGGCACCACGCACAAGGGUCUUGGUACUGGGGGCUGCAGGAGGGGUAGGAACAGUACUGUGUCAACUCCUGGUGGCAUGGGGAGCUCAGGUUGUGGGUGUUUGCAGCAGUGAUGCAUUAGGCUUGGUGGCCAGCCUUGGAGUGGAACCUCUCGAUUAUAAGGAUCCAGCCACCAAGGACACACUGAUUGCUGAUGGAGGGUUCAAUUUGGUAAUCAAUGCUGCUGGAACAGAUGACCUUGAUUACGUACAUGCUUUGAGGCCCUGGAUAGGAUCUUCGUAUGUCACUCUGUCUCCUCCUCUACUGCGAAACAUAGAUGACUCAGGGCUAGCAGUGGGCCUACUAAAGAGUGUGAAAGAAGUAGUUUGCCGCAACACAUCUUCCCUGUCUGAGGGUCGUGCCUACAAGUGGGCCUUCUACAUGCCCAACCCUUGGGCCCUCAAGCAGAUAACCAAACUGUUGUCAACACACCAGAUCCGUCCAGUGGUUGACAAAGUUUUCCCCUUCACCGAGGCCCCGGCAGCCUACCGCUCUGUGAUGGAGGGGCACGCACGUGGCAAGACUGUCAUCAGUGUACCAUAAGAGGCACCACACAGUAGCAGCCAAUAAAGAGGUGGUCAGGGCCAUUCACAAAUAUUGAGAAUGGUUCAGUAAUCAUAAGUGCCUGAGCAUCAGGGGUAAGAGUGUGCCCUGAGAAGUGGCUGCAUAUGUCAUGUAUAAGGAAUUUACAGGUGAGAUCAUCCCUUUUUUUCUUUCAUUGGUUCAAGAUCAUGUAAGGCCCCUUUCAGACGUAUCGACUUUACGCCGUCCGCCGUCUAGGACCCAGCGCCGUGCAUUCCAGAGAGAGCGCCGUGGUGUCGACGGCGGGCGCCGUUGACACAACGGCACGGC